CUAUUUGGGAAACCCUUCCUGCAAAUUCUUAUGCCUUCCAGUACACCAUUACAGCGUAGCUGGUGCAUGACUAGAGGAUUCUCCAUCGCCCCAGGAGUCUUUGUCUCAUUGGGGAUGAUGCAGCGCACAAAGUGUGGUGACUUUGUCACCCUCCCGACUUAUGAUGGUGGCCUUAACAAACUCCUCCACGGUAUCCGGCACAAAACAUUCUUUCUUCAAGUCAAAGAUUUUGGUUUGUGCUUCCAGACGCUCCCUAUCCGACUUCCGCAGUGUCUAGCAUUUGAAACAAUGCAAUGCGUGCUACGUGACUGAUUGUAUGAUGCUGGGCAUCUGUGUAGUGGAUGGCGGCAGGGCGGAGCACACACAGACAGGCAGCUGCCCUGGAUGUCAAUCAGAGCUUUAACAGAGGAUUAGAGAACUAAAAGAGGUGGUGUUGCUAUUUAAAGACUCAUGGGCAGCUGACAAACCACAGACAUUCUGCUCAUUCUAUGAGACUGACACAGUGACUCCAUUUAUUCACAACAAUACAAUUGCAAAGCAUUUACAUGACAACUUUCCAAUUGCAACACGACACCCGCCAGCCUGAACAUACAGAAGGCGACAACACUGCUUUUUCUGUUCUGAGGGGGUGGAGUGAGUGGGCCAUGUGCAAGAGCACCAAAGCAGCAAAGUGCUGCUAGAGAAACGAAAGACUCGUGGAUAUAAAGAAUAUGGAAUGAACAGGACUUCAUUUCUCCUGGAUGCAAAGACUAACGGAAGUUGUUGGCUGUAAGCACAUAAAGAGAGGAAGUGCUCCCAGAUUCCUGGACAGUGACAGAUCUGAGGACAGAUAUAGGGCGUGGAAAUCUCCUGAAGGUUAGAGGACACAGAAUGUAAGAUGAGAAAACAUGCAAUCUUUGUAACUACAGAAGCAUAUGCAUGACAGACAUAUCCAGAAUAGAGAUCGUAUGAAGGUGGAUUGAUCCGAAACGUCAUGCAAGUAACAAGUUGGAGCCAUUUACACAAUCUUCUGAUUGUCAUCGGAUAAGAUUACAGCUUGAAAGCGUGCAUGAAGUCAUUGCAUCUAUAUUUUCUGUAGGAUUCAGACAGAAUUUGGACCCCAAUAGUAACGACUAUCUUUAGUUUGCGGGUUUGUUUGAGGUCACAACACAAAUGUUUCUUAACGCUUUGCUCGUGGUCAUUACUGACCUGGCAGCCGGACUACUUGGCAAUGCAUCAUUUCGACGCCAUUUUCAUUUGCUGCUGUCAGGAUUGCUUUUGUUUGGGCCCCUCCUGAGUCUAUGGGUUUCCCAAUACAGUGUCUUUGGAAAGAGGAGUCAUUUUCUCUACAGGGUCUUCCUGCGCUCAGGUUGGGGCUGGACCUGUAUCUUUGUUGGCUCUUUUGUCUUCGUCCUCUCUUUCACUGUACGCCGUUCGCUCACACUUUCACUACGACACCUUUCUCGGCUAGCUGUGGCAGGCGGGCUAUGGAUUAGCUUUCGCAAACUGCUUUGUCUGUUGGAGAACGCCACUGGGAAUUGUUACGAGCCCCUCAGCUCCACUCUCGAGCUGGCUCCAGGGAGUAAUGGAGACGGUCAACCGCUCCUGCUUCUACGUGAAGGUGAAACAAAGGAGGUCUGCAUCCGCUCCGGCAUGUUGUGGCGUGGUUAUGAAGUGUCUGAAGAUGCCCUCCUGCUGUGUUUGUGCUGUCUGCUUCUAGCUGAGGAGACCGCUGUAUUUGGGCCCUACCUGAGCCUGGGUGGACCCUCUGGAGCCCCACUGCGCAUCCUCUUCCUGUUCUGCAUCCUGCUGUUGAGUCUCUGGGUGUUCCUGCUUCUAUGCUUGCUGGCUUAUUUCCCACAGUUUCCUACCCAGCUUCUGGGAGGUGCUCUGGGUUGUUUGAGCUGGAGAGUAUUGUACCAGGGUUGGUACCGACUUGGACCUAGCUGGUACUGCCCUGGAAGGCCAGGGGUGGGACUUCUGUCUACACAGAGCAAACAGGAUGAAACACACAAGGAAUACGGUGAAACUAAUGCUGAAGUGAGCAACUAAGGAAAGGCUGUUGGACUCAUGUUCUCCAGAUUUACGUGUUUCAACCAAAAACUGACUUGAUAAAUAAAAGCACAAAACAGAUACAAGUGAGACUUCACAUCAAUUUAUUAGGUUUAUCAUUGACAAUCUCAAACUGUUUUAUUACAAAAAUACCAACAAAAUUUCUGAAAAGCUUAUGCUUAAAUACGAAACUUGUGAUUAAUUUAGGCCCACAUUUGCAAAUGACAAAGGUUCACUUUACCAUGUAGUAAUCCUUUCCAGGCAUUAACUGGUAUAUGGGUGGUAUUCAAUUUUAGGCUGGUGUCAAAAAAAGAAAA